AUGAAGCUAGUGGUGGAAGUAGUGGAUGCUCAUGAUCUUAUGCCAAAGGAUGGUGAAGGGUCAGCUAGUUCUUUUGUAGAAGUUGAUUUUGAAAACCAGUUAAGCAGAACCAAAACUAUCCCAAAGAACCUCAACCCCAUUUGGAACCACAAACUUAUCCUUGAUUUCGACCAAACCAAAACCCACCAAGCCAUAGAAAUUUCUGUUUACAAUGAGAGAAAACCAAUUCCAGGCAGAAACUUCCUUGGUCGAGUAAGAUUUCCUUGCUCAAAUAUUGUCAAGAAAGGUGAAGAAGCUUAUCAAAGAUUCCAGUUGGAAAGGAAGUGGUUCUUCUCACCUGUAAAAGGAGAGAUUGGCCUAAAAAUCUAUCUUUCAUCAGAAUCUAGUUUUAGCCCUCCACCUCCUCUUAAUUCUCCUCCCAUUUCAGAAAAUACAAAUCUCCUUGGCAAAACAUUAGCAGCUGUUCCCAAAUCAAAAGUUCCUGUUGUUGAAACUCCAAAAGUUGGUGUCAUAAGCAAUUCUAGUUCCACUAUUGCAGCAGUCGAGCCUACUGGUGCUGAUCCUGUUAAAGAGACACAGGAAAUCAGGGAACCUGCAGAAGAAAGAGCAGGAAGAGCCCAGCACAUAUACAAGCACCAAUCUUUGCAGCAGCCCGACAUACCUGUAGAGAAACAACCACAAGUUGUCCAAUUCACCAUGCACCAAGCCAAUCCACAAGCUCAUCCUAGCCUCCAAGAGGACUACGAAUUGAAGGACACCAACCCACAACUUGGUGAGAGGUGGCCAAAUGGUGCAGGCUACGGCGGAAGAGGGUGGAUGAGCAGUGACAGAUAUGACCUUGUUGAGCAAACGUUUUAUCUAUAUGUUCGAGUUGUGAAAGCAAGAGAUCUUCCUCCGAGCACCAUUACUGGUAGCUGUGAUCCUUAUGUGGAAGUCAAGCUGGGGAACUAUAAAGGAAGAACAAAGCAUCUUGAAAGGAAAAUGAAUCCAGAGUGGCAUCAGGUGUUUGCAUUCUCAAAAGAACGCAUUCAGUCAUCAGUACUAGAAGUUUUUGUGAAGGAUAAAGAAAUGGUGGGAAGGGAUGAUUAUCUUGGAAGGGUGGUUUUUGACUUGAAUGAGAUUCCAACCAGAGUUCCACCAGAUAGCACACUGGCUCCUCAGUGGCACAGAUUGGAGGACCGGCGCGGGCAAGGGAAGGUAAGGGGGGAGAUUAUGCUUGCAGUUUGGAUGGGAACACAAGCUGAUGAAGCCUUCCCAGAGUCAUGGCAUUCUGAUGCUGCUGCUGUUUAUGGAGAGGGUGUUUUUAACAUCCGAUCAAAGGUUUAUGUAUCUCCCAAACUGUGGUACCUCAGAGUAAAUGUCAUUGAAGCUCAGGAUGUGCUGCCCAAUGACAGAAACCGCCUCCCAGAAGUUUUUGUCAAAGCUCAGAUUGGAAACCAAGUGCUGAAAACCAAGGUAUGUCAAACUCGCACCACUAACCCAUUUUGGAAUGAAGAUUUAGUCUUCGUGGCAGCUGAGCCUUUCGAGGAGCAGCUGUUUGUUACAGUUGAGGAUCGUCUGCAUCAAGCGAAAGACGAGGUGUUAGGGAAGAUAAGCCUACCACUUGACAUGUUCGAGCGGCGGCUUGACCACCGGCCAGUUCAUACUCGGUGGUUCAAUCUUGAGAAAUAUGGUUUUGGAGUCUUGGAAGCUGACAGGCGGAAGGAGCUCAAGUUUUCAAGUAGAAUUCACCUAAGAGUUUGUCUUGAAGGUGGAUACCAUGUAUUAGAUGAAUCAACUAUGUACAUAAGUGAUCAAAGGCCAACGGCAAAGCAGCUCUGGAAACAGCCAGUUGGGAUGUUGGAAGUGGGCAUUUUGAGUGCACAAGGGCUUCUUCCAAUGAAGAUGAAAGAUGGAAGAGGGACUACAGAUUCUUACUGCGUAGCUAAGUAUGGCCAGAAAUGGGUUCGAACAAGAACAAUCCUUGACACCUUCAAUCCCAAAUGGAAUGAGCAGUACACAUGGGAAGUUUACGACCCCUGCACAGUGAUAACAUUGGGAGUUUUUGACAACUGCCACUUGGGUGGAGGUGAGAAACCAACUGCUGGUGGCACUGCAGCAAGAGAUUCCCGGAUCGGAAAGGUACGUAUUCGGCUAUCAACACUCGAAGCUUAUCGAGUAUAUACACAUUCUUACCCACUUCUUGUUCUUCAACCACAUGGAGUAAAGAAAAUGGGAGAGCUCCAACUAGCCGUUCGCUUCACUACCCUCUCUCUAGCUAACAUGGUAUACAUUUAUGGCCAUCCCUUGCUUCCAAAAAUGCAUUACUUGCAUCCCUUCACAGUGAACCAAGUAGACAAUUUAAGAUACCAAGCCAUGAAUAUUGUGGCAGUGAGGCUUGGUAGAGCUGAACCGCCUCUGAGAAAAGAAGUGGUGGAGUACAUGUUAGAUGUAGACUCCCACAUGUGGAGUAUGAGAAGAAGCAAAGCCAACUUCUUUCGUGUCAUGUCGCUUCUUUCCGGCAUGUUUUCAAUGAGCCGAUGGUUUGGCGAUGUUUGUGACUGGAAGAACCCCAUCACAUCAGUUCUGGUUCAUAUGUUAUUUCUGAUAUUGAUUUGGUAUCCAGAGCUGAUACUUCCAACCCUCUUCCUCUAUAUGUUCCUCAUCGGGUUAUGGAACUAUAGGUACCGGCCGCGGUACCCGCCGCAUAUGGAUACUAAACUCUCGUGGGCGGAGGCGGUGCAUCCGGAUGAGCUUGAUGAGGAAUUUGACACAUUUCCAACUUCAAGACCGCAUGACAUAGUUCGAAUGAGGUAUGACAGGCUCAGAAGUGUUGCAGGGAGGAUUCAAACAGUGGUAGGUGACAUUGCAACGCAGGGGGAGAGACUUCAGUCUCUGCUCAGCUGGAGAGACCCAAGAGCAACUAGCCUUUUCGUAUUGUUCUCUCUUUGUGCAGCUGUGAUGCUUUAUGUGACACCAUUCAGAGUGGUGGCUCUGCUUGCAGGCUUGUAUUACUUGCGGCACCCUAGGUUCCGGAGCAAGCUACCUUCAGUACCAAGCAAUUUCUUCAAGAGAUUGUCGGCUCGAACAGAUAGCUUACUAUGAUCGAUACUAAAUGUUGGAAACUAUAGUUUGGUUUAUUGCUUAGUUCUUGUGAUUUUACCCUUCCUC